UUAACUAUCCCGAACGACCCCCACCAAUUUGUGUCGUGUGGUGAGGACUGGACAAUCAGAUGCUUUGACCUCAGGGUCAACCAAUUUUGCAAUCAUGACCAUUGUAAUGAGAAUUUGAUCUUGAAAUGCAAAUGUCCUGUGACGUCAAUGUCCUUACAUCCCCUGAAGCCUUUUGAAAUCUAUGCUGGCUGUGCCGACAACCACAUCAGAGUUUUUGACAGGAGAAUGAUUGCCGGUUGGUCGGUCGGUAGGUUGGUCAGUUGGUUGGUCAGUUGGCUAGUCGGUAGUUUUCGGCCAACUUCACUAUCAGAUGGUGGUAGACAUCGUAUCACUUCACUACAGCAUAAUCAACAUGGAGAUCAAUUGCUUGCUAGCUAUUCUUCUGAAUAUGUUUACCUUUUCGAUUUGAAGGUUCUAUCGUCGUCGUCGUCAUUACAUCAAACGUCACCCCGAAGAAACCAGCGAGGAGGUUUUAGUGGCAUGCCAAUCAAAAAACUGAGGCUGCGCAGUGAUUGGUCAGACACCGGACCAAAGUCACGCCCCGAGUCGCAGAGGGAAGCCAGCACCAGCAGGGAAGCACCCAAUGGUCAGUUGGGUCGUUGGUGGUCAGUUGGGUCGUUGGUGGUCAGUUGGGUCGUUGGUGGUCAGUUGGGUCGUUGGUGGUCAGUUGGGUCCGGUUCAGACUGCGGCCACAUUUUCGUCUGGGACAAGAUGAACACUCGUGUCGUAAUGACCAUGGAAGCCGACAGCAGGGUGGUCAACUGCCUGCAACCUCACCCUACUAUGCCUGUUCUGGCUUCAAGUGGCAUCGAUUACGACGUGAAGCUGUGGAUGCCGAUGCUGGAGGAAGCUGCUUUCGACGAGGACACCUGUGAUGAGUUAACGUAUAGAAACAUGAUGAUGUUAGAGGAGACGAAAGGAACGGUCAGCAUUCCCGCCAAUUUCGUAUUCAGACUGCUGACGUCAUUGAGACGCGGUUAUGAUAAUGAUGGUAAUGAUAACGAUGAUGAUGGUGAUGUGGUGGUGAUGAUGAUGAUGAUGACAACGAUGGUGAUGAUGAUAAUGAUGAUGAUGUCGGCUGUCAUGGUGAUGAUGAAUAAUGAUAAUAAUCUUAACUAUCGUUAUCACAUUUGGAGAAUAAGAUUAAUGCCUUAG